CCGGGCGGGAGGCAAGGGGGUUGGGGGCCUGCUCUUGUUGGCCGCUGCGCGCGCUUUCCCCGUGCGCCCCGCCGGGCCGCAGUGCGGUUCGUUGCGCCCCCCCAUAGGAAGCGAACGGGGGCACCCCGCGCUAGCUAGUGCGCCCCGAUGCCUGCGGCCGCCUUGCCGCUGCGUUUGUCCAGAAGCCCGUCCUAUGCGGAGGAGCGGCGCGCCGCCUGCCCCUUUUUCAUACGUUCAACCAGCUAUAGUGCGGCAAGGCCUCUGGGCGUCGCCGGCAAGCAUCGCCUCCGCAGCCUGGCUGCCUCCUUGCGCCGCUGCGCCCGCGCAUGCGGUAGCACUAUCUAGCCUGCCGGAUUUGGCAGAUGAGGGGUUGCUUUUUCACGGAGCUACAGAAAUGCAGAUAAACCCGAUCCACGUGUUGUUGUUGGCAAUGCCUCCACUUGCAG